UUUCACACAUUUUUGUGCGGAUGACCGACCUGCCUGCUUCGCCUCUCUGCGGAGCGGAAAGGGGCGCCGUGUUUCCGGGAGCACGCGUCGGUCCACCAAACCCAGGCGACUCAGCACUCCUUUUCUGGCAUGUGACUGUCAACGAAGGCAAAGGAAUAGGAUUUGAAACACGGUAGUCUGUCAAAAACAGCAGGAGGGAAAGAGUUCUCCGGUUUUCACCGCUCUCUACUGCCGAGGCGGUCAGAGAUGGAGCGGCUGUGCGGACCAGAGCUCCCUUUCUGGGUGGCCAAUCAGACGCUCCACACAGAUCAGCCUGACCUCCCCAUUUGUUUCCAGCUCACCCUCCUGGCAUGGUUGCCGUGCAGCUACUUAUGGGCUGUUUCCCCCAUCUACCUCUUCUACCUUAAAAAGAACAACAAAGGCUACAUCAUGAUGUCCAUCAUGAACCGAUUUAAAACGGUUUUUGGCUUGUUGUUAUGGAUUGUAUGCUGGACAGAUCUGUUCUACACAUUCCACGAAAUGCAGCAGGAAACCACUCAGCCGCCAAUUUUCUUUGUCACCCCCUUGGUCCUGGGGAUGACCAUGCUGCUGGCCACAUUUUUGAUCCAGUUUGAGAGGUUACGUGGGGUUCAGUCCUCUGGGGUCCUCUUCAUCUUCUGGUUCCUGUCUGUGCUGUGUGCCAUUGUGACUUUCCGCUCCAAGAUCCUGCAAGCAUACAGUCAGGUGGAAGUCACAGACAAGCUGCGGUUUGCCACAUUCUACUUGUACUUUGGCUUGGUGGUCUUGGAACUGAUCCUCUGCUGCUUUAAUGAGAAACCUCCCCUUUUCUCCAAUGUUGACACGGACCCGAAUGUCUGCCCUGAAUCCACAGCUGGUUUUCUAUCCACCAUGACAUUUUGGUGGUUCACAAGUUUGGCCAUUAAAGGAUAUAAGAUUCCCUUGGAAGCCAAGGACCUCUGGUCGCUGAACCAGCGUGACAGCUCUAAAGCAAUGGUGCCCAAACUCCUGAAAGAGUGGGAUAAAGAGCAAGCCAAAUCAAAGAGUGAACAGAACCAAUCCAAUCAGGUGUUGUACUCUAAGCCUCCACCAUCCAACGCCAACCACAUAGAAAAUGAAAGUGGAACAAUCCCAGAAGAAGUGGAAGUGCUGCUGUCCAGUCAGAAAGCUGUACCCCGCCAGCCAUCCUUUCUUGGUGCCCUUAUCAAAGCCUUUGGGCCAUAUUUCCUGAUUGGCUCAGCUUUCAAGCUCCUGCAGGAUGUCAUCACCUUUGUUAACCCUCAACUGCUCAGAAUGUUGAUCUCCUUCACAAAGCAAAAGGAUGCCCCUGACUGGUGGGGUUACUCGCUGGCCUUCCUCAUGUUCUUCACUGCUUUCCUGCAGACGCUCAUCCUACACCAGCACUUUCAGUACUGCUUUGUCACUGGCAUGAAUGUACGCACAGCUCUCAUUGGAGCUAUAUACAGGAAGGCGUUGGUGAUAACUAAUGCUGCCAAACGCUCAUCUACGGUGGGAGAGGUGGUGAACCUGAUGUCUGUAGAUGCUCAGAGGUUCAUGGACCUCACCACCUUCCUCAACAUGCUCUGGUCGGCUCCUCUUCAGAUUAUGCUGGCACUAUAUUUCCUCUGGCAGAAUCUUGGCCCUUCCGUUUUGGCUGGAGUGGCUGUCAUGAUCCUACUGAUUCCAUUCAAUGCUGUAAUCGCCAUGAAGACACGCUCCUAUCAGAUGGAGCAGAUGCAGCACAAGGAUGCUCGUAUUAAGCUCAUGAACGAGAUCCUGAAUGGCAUCAAGGUACUGAAGCUGUAUGCCUGGGAGAACUCCUUCAAAGAAAAGGUUUUGGCCAUCCGCCAGAAGGAGCUCAAUGUACUAAGGAAGACGGCAUAUUUGGGAGCAAUGUCUACCAUGGCUUGGACUAGUGCGCCUUUUCUGGUUGCCUUGACAACAUUUGCCGUGUAUGUUAAAGUAGAUGAGAACAACAUCCUGGAUGCGGAGAAGGCCUUUGUUUCGCUUUCACUUUUCAACAUCCUCCGUUUCCCUCUGAACAUGCUUCCCCAAGUUAUAAGUAGCCUCGUACAGACAAGCGUGUCACUGAAGCGAAUCCAACAUUUCCUGAGUCAUGAUGAACUGGAUCCAAAUUCAGUGGACAGAAAGAUCACAGCAACAGAGUUUUCAGUUACGGUCGUCAAUGGGAAAUUUACCUGGGCUAAAGAGGAUUCUCCUGUUUUGCACAACAUUAAUGUGAUGGUUCCCCACGGCUCCUUGCUGGCUGUGGUGGGUCACGUCGGCUGUGGGAAAUCCUCCCUAAUAUCUGCCCUGCUGGGUGAAAUGGAGAAACUGGAAGGAGAGGUUUCUAUUCGGGGAUCAGUGGCGUACGUUCCUCAGCAGGCCUGGAUACAGAACGCCACUUUGCGCGAUAACAUCCUGUUUGGGAGACCAUACAAGGAGCAGAAGUACUGCUGCGUUCUGGAGGCCUGUGCUUUAACCCCUGACCUGGAGGUUUUGCCAGGAGGAGACAUGACUGAAAUAGGAGAGAAGGGAAUCAACCUCUCUGGAGGCCAGAGACAGAGGGUCAGUCUGGCUCGAGCUCUUUACAGCGAUGCAGAUGUCUACCUACUGGAUGACCCGCUGUCUGCUGUAGACGCCAACGUGUCCAAACAUAUAUUUGACAACCUCAUUGGUCCAGAGGGGGCUCUGCAGGGCAAGACGCGUAUUCUGGUGACACAUGGCAUCAGCUACUUGCCCCAGGUUGACAAUAUAUUGGUGAUGGUGGACGGCAGAGUGUCGGAGAUGGGCUCCCAUCAAGAGCUGCUCAAGCAGAAUGGAGCCUUUGCUGAGUUUCUCAGGAACUACACUCUGGAGGAUACUAUAGAGGAGGAUGAAGCCAUAGAGGAAAUAAUUGACAGCGAAGAUUUGUUCCCCGAUGACGCCCUUAGUAACCACAUAGACAUGGUGGACACUGAGCCAGGAAUCAAUGAAGCAAAGAGAAAAUUUAUAAGGCAAAUCAGCAUAAUUUCAGCCGAUGGUGAGACCUCCAAAUCCCGGUCGCUGAGGAGGCAUGGCUGUAGCCAAAGGAAACUCCCAGAGCCACAAGAAAAGAAGAAAUCACACAACUUAGAGAAACUCAUCCAGGCCGAGACUGCUGAAACAGGCAGGGUGAAAGUAAAGGUCUACCUGGAAUACGCCAAGGCGGUGGGGCUGGUAUUGUCCGUGCUGAUUUGCUGUCUAUAUGGCUGCCAGAGUGCAGCCUCCAUUGGGGCAAACAUUUGGCUCAGUGAGUGGACCAAUGACGUCAUGCAAAAUCAAACUCAGGAAAACAUUAAUAUGAGAGUUGGGGUGUAUGCAGCACUGGGGCUCACACAAGGUUUGCUGUUGUUGGUUAACUCCCUGUUGUCCCAGGCCUACAGUAUGCUAAGGGCAGCCAAGAUCAUACACCACAACCUGCUUCAAAGGGUCCUGCGAGCGCCCCAGGCCUUCUUCGAGAGCACCCCCAUUGGGCGGUUAUUAAACCGCUUCAGCAAAGAUGUGGAUGCCAUAGACUCCCUCCUUCCACAACAAAUUGACAUAUGGAUGUGCACUUUCUGGUACACACUGAAUGUGCUGCUCAUAUGCUCUGCCCUCACCCCCAUGUUCCUCAUAGUCCUAGCCCCGUUAAAGGUGUUCUAUUGGUGGGUUCAGAGAUUUUAUGUUGCCUCAUCUCGGCAGCUAAAGCGUCUGGAGUCUGUAAGCCGCUCGCCCAUUUAUUCCCAUUUCUCUGAAACCAUCACUGGUUCGAGUGUUAUCCGAGCUUUUGGUAGAUGCUCUGCCUUCGUGUUGAUGAAUGAUAUGAAAGUGGAUGAGAACCAAAAGAGUUACUAUCCGGGUGUAGUAUCAAACAGAUGGCUCGGCGUUCGCAUUGAGUUCAUCGGGAACUGCAUCGUUCUGUUUGCUGCUCUGUUUGCUGUCACUGGAAAGGACAAUCUAAACCCAGGCCUUGUGGGUCUAUCGGUGUCCUAUGCUUUACAGGUAACCAUGUCUCUAAACUGGAUGGUGCGGAUGACUUCUGAUCUGGAAAACAACAUUGUAGCAGUGGAGAGAGUAAAGGAGUACUCUGAGACCCAAACUGAGGCAGCCUGGGAGAUUGAGGACAAGAAGCCCCAUGCUGAUUGGCCCAUUAAGGGGAAUGUAGAAUUCCAUGACUACAGCGUUCGAUACAGGGAAGGACUUGAUUUGGUCUUGAAAAACUUGACGCUGAAUGUCAAAGGAGGAGAAAAAAUUGGUAUUGUAGGUCGCACAGGAGCAGGCAAGUCAUCCAUGACACUCUGCCUUUUCCGUUUGCUGGAAGCUGCUGAAGGAGAAAUCACAAUUGAUGGUAUUAAGAUAUCUGAGAUAGGCCUGCAUGACUUGAGGUCCAAACUUACGAUCAUUCCACAGGAGCCUGUCCUGUUCUCUGGAUCACUGAGAAUGAACCUUGACCCCUUUGAAAAGUACAGUGAUGAAGAAGUGUGGAAAGCUUUGGAAUAUUCCCAUUUGCAUAAGUUUGUGAGCAGCCUGCCAGCAAAAUUAGAGAUGGAGUGUUCUGAGGGAGGAGAUAACCUCAGUGUGGGCCAGAGACAGCUGGUGUGUUUGGCUCGUGCGCUCCUGAGGAAGACGAGAAUCCUCAUUCUGGAUGAAGCUACCGCUGCUAUCGACUUGGAAACGGACGAUCUUAUCCAGUCCACCAUAAGGACUCAGUUUGAAGACUGCACAGUCUUUACCAUCGCACACAGACUCAACACAAUUAUGGAUUAUACAAGAGUGCUGGUACUGGACAAAGGGCAAAUUGCAGAGUUCGAUACCCCUUCAAGUCUCAUAUCUCAGCGAGGACUCUUUUACCACAUGGCAAAAGACGCUGGGCUGGUGCAGUAGAGCUGCUCUUAAAACGGGAUAUAACGAUUUCACAGCACUUAACUGCUUCAUUUGAAUGGAACUCAAAGUCAAGCCUGAGCUCCAUUGUAGGAAAUAAAUAGCAGUCCUUUACUCCUUUUGCACUGAGAGUAAAGUCCUGUGUGGUAAGAAUAUCAGUCAUAAAUAUGGAAAACAAGCUUAACUCAUCCAAGUCUGAUCCUAAAGUGCCUUCUGCCAGCAGGAAGAAGAAAGCCAGUGAAUGUAUCUUUUUUUUUUUCUAGUCUGCUGGCUCUGCUGUAAAAACAAAUAUUCAGUGUCACAACAAACGGAGCAUUAGGAAGCGUUUUUUUGUAUCUUUUUUCUUGGUUUUUCUACUAGUGAAGAUGCUGUGUCAUUGUACUGUCUGCAAAAAAAAUGUUUAUGAUGAACCCACUUGUUUUUGUACCGCAUUAUUUAAGCUUGUUUUUUUAAUGCGCCUUGGGAAGUUUAUUCAGUUAAGUAUGUGAUUCUUCUGUGAACCAAAUCUAUUAAACAAGACUUGAAAUCUGUACCACCAAAAUAUGAAAUAUGAUAAUGCUUUUAUAAACAAAACAAUACACUAA